UUAGCAACCUGUAUAGUUGGGCGUGUAGGGAUGGCAGGCAGACAGGAGUGCUGGAGGAGUAACGAGAAGAGAGAUGGUGAGAGGAGAAGCACUGAGCGCGUACAGAGCGCUACUUAAAGCGACUUGUAAAUCAUUUGCCGGCGACACUUUGAUGUUAAACGCGUCGGCGUCGGAGGUCAGGAAGAAACUUGAGGAGAGCCGUCAUGUAACAUCCGACGCCGAGAUCCAACGACUCCUUGAAGAGGCGCGCGAGGCCUCGCAAUUUAUUUCCACUAUGAUCGUCCAAGCCAAACUCAAUGAACGAGGAGGCUACGAAGUAAAGGCAGAUAAGGAGCAUGCAGGAGCAACCCUUGAAAUUCCUUCUGAAGAUCUACUUCAAAAGUCUGUUUAAGGAGAGGAAGUUUGUACCUUUAUCCAUCACGGCUGAGGAUAGCUUUGCAAAUCAGCAAAGGAUGUAUUCUUGAAGGGCCAUGCAAGAUUCUUGUUUCAUUAUUGACGGCCAUGCUUGUUUUGAUUGACUUGUCUUGAGUUCUAGAUCUCAUCCAAAACUACAAGAAAUUUGCAUUGUUUCCCAGCAUUGUGUUUUUGAGUAAUUAUAAAUGUGGCUAAACUCAUUACAAAUGGAAUGCAAAUUUGCAAUGUUCUUCAUCUGCUGCA